AUGAUCUCUUCGAGCACGGCGUCGUCUGGGGGAUCUGGUGCGAAUGCACCUCACCUGGCGAAACAGACGCAUUUCGUCCGAGAUGGCUCUAGCCUUCUGCUGGAGUUGGCACAUGUGCAAAUUCCCAGGCCGGAUUACUACUGUACGGUAGAUACGACGUCUUUCAAUUUCCAAAGUGAAUUCGAUAGAUCUCUUUUGCCGCCGAACCAAUUUCCCUUUCAGUGGACAGCAUCUUAUCAAUCAGUCGCCGGUAGCACGCAGCCGAUGAGUGCUGGAAGCACUUAUCAUGAGUUUCAGCUGCAUUGGCAGCUGGAACUCGUAGAGGAAUUGGACUGA